CUAAAAUCCACUUGUUUCUCAUUGUUAGUCAUGGACGUGGAAGGAAAAAUUGCUCUCGUGACCGGUGCCGCCAGCGGAAUAGGUUUCGCCUACGCCACGGAACUUUUGAGAAAUGGAGCUAAACACGUUGCUAUUCUCGACUUGGCAAGUUCGAACGGCGAGGAAUCGGCAAAAAAAUUGAACGCAGAAUUCGGAAAUGGAAAAGCAAUCUUCAUCGUCUGCGACGUCACGAAGGCCCAAGAAUUUGAAGCCGCGUUCACCAAGACCGUCAAGGAGUUCGGUGGUCUCGACAUCGUCAUCAACAACGCUGGAAUAAUGGACGACGCGAGAUGGGAACUCGAGAUUAACAUCAACCUGACGGCCGUCGUGCGCGGAACUUUGCUGGCCUUCCAGUACAUGGGAAAAGACAAGGGUGGCAAGGGUGGCGUUGUGGUGAACAUCGCAUCAACCGCUGGCAUAACACCGGCUGUAUAUUUCCCAGUGUACAGUGGAACCAAGAAUGCGGUUAUCGGAGCGAGCCGAUCAUUCGGGCAUCCGUUCCACUUCGAAAAAUCGGGUGUUAGAGUGCUGACCAUGUGUCCCCAUAUCACGCACACUCAAUUGAUAACCGAAGGUGCCGAUCGGGCUCUCAUCGACAACGAAGCAAAGGACCAGCUUUCUGGAUACAUGAAGACUCUCUCCAUGCAAACCCCGGAAAGCGUCGCGCGGGGUGUCAUUAAGAUCAUCAAAGUUGGGGAAAAUGGAAGCGUGUGGAUGGUGUCUGAUGGAGAGCCGGCAUGCGAACUCGACAUUCCCAACUCACCUGUCAAAAAGCAGAAGGCUUAAGAAUAAGAAUGAUUUGACUGAACUGUACGAGACUUGAUCUAAUCAAUAAAAGGAUUCUUGU